AUGGAAGACUUCUCGACCAAUAACCACUGCAUGCACUGCCAGGACCCAGAUGACGUAGAUGAUAUGGUGCAGUGUGAUAUUUGCCAAAUGUGGGCUCAUUUCCGUUGUGCUGGAGUUUCGGAUGAUAUUAAGGACAGCCCUUGGAGCUGCGCAAAAUGCUGCAACCAGUUGCGCAUACCAAAGCAGUCGAAAAAGACGGCCAAAAGGGCAGGGGCCAGAAGUGAAGGAGGAUCGGUGAGGAGUGCAGUAUCGGCACUGGAUGCUUCGCUACGGCAGCUGGAAGAAGAGCAGUUGUUACAGGAAAGAGCUUUAGCAGAAGAUCGCGUAUUACGGAUGAAACGCUUGGAGAUGGAACGCGUGCUCAAGGAAAAAAGGCUACAGCAAGAAAAAGAGCUUUUAGAUAAGGAACAACAGCAGGAGCGGGAGCUCCAAAACCGUCUGUUAGAACAAGAGCGAGAAAUGCUGGGAAAGCGUUUGGCUGAUGAGGUAGCUUUUCAAAAAAGACGACAGGCGUUGCGUCAACAGUUUCAGGAGCAAAUGGAAUCAGUCAAGGAAUUUGCAGAUGACGAUGGAGCUGUAGGUGGUGAUGAUUUUGAAGAAAGAAGUCAGGCGAAAGGGCUUUCGAGCAAAAAGAAAGUUCAGAACUGGUUGUUCGAACAAGGCAGAACACAUGGAAAACAAGAGGAUACGAUAGUCGAUCCACGGGGAGCUUAUCCCAAAGAAUCAAGAGGGCAAGUCAUUGAAAGGAAGCCUACGAGCACUCUAUCCAUAGAGGGAAGAACGGUGGAGGAACGAGAAGAAACCGCCAACCAAGAAACGGAGGAUGAAGAUGAAAAUCAUUUCAGCAAAGGGGAGCUUGAGCGUUUCGUGAAUCUAAUAAGAGGUCUUAGGCGAAACGGGUCGGGGCAUGAACCGGUCAGGUCUACGAAGGCUCGCCAGACUGAAUCCAAACUUCUGCCUACAGUCGAAGGAGAGCCAGGAAGGUACGAAAGGAAAAUUCAGAACUGGUUGUUUGAUCACGGCAAAUCUCAGGAAAAUCAAGAAGAUGCAAUGGUCGGUACACAGGGAGUCGUUCCCAAAGGAUCCAGAAAACAAAUCGGUUCGAAGAAGCAUACGAGCACUCUAUCUAAAAUGGGAAGAUUGAUGGAGGAACUGGAAGAAAUCGCGAAUCAAGAAACGGAGGAAGUUGAGGAAAAUGAUAGUGAUUUCAGCAGAGAGGAACUAGAACGUGUCGCGAAUCUACUAAAAAACCGUAGGCGAAACGGGUCGGGGCACGAACUGGUCGGGCCUACGAAUGCACAGCUGGCGGCUCGCCAGGCGGUAUCCAAACAUCUGCCGAUAUUCAAAGGAGAGCCAGAAGUCUGGCCAAUCUUCAUUAGCAGUUUAGAGUACACCACAAAGGCGUGCGGAUUCACUAACUUGGACAACUUAAAACGGUUGCAGGAUUCUCUACAGGGAGAUGCGCUGGAGGCCGUGAGAAGUCGGCUGAUUUUUCCGGAUUCAGUUCCCGAUGUCAUAAAAGAUUUGAGAGAUUUAUUCGGUAAGCCUGAGAAGCUCUUGAAAAGUCUGCUUGUGAAGGUACGGAGAGCACAACCACCACGAGUAGACCAGCUAAACUCGUUCAUACACUUCGGUAUAACGGUUAAACAACUCUGUGAUCAUUUAGAGGCAGCAAAGAUGACUGAUCACCUCAACAAUCCUAUGCUGGUGCAGGAAAUCGUAGACAAACUUCCUCCAACCUAUAAAUUGGAAUGGGUUCGCUUCAAGCGGAGCAAAAUUGGCACUCCUCUCAGAGUCUUUACGGAUUUCAUGACCGGUAUAGUUUCCGACGUGUCCGAAGUAAGCGAGUUUUCAAUCGUGGAUUCGGAAGAUCCGCCCCGCUUUAGUAAAAUGCGACCAAAGAAGGAGUUCAUGCAUGUACACACCUCCACGUCGAAUGGAAGGGAGUUGUCACCGGACAGGAAGUCCAAAUUGCUCUGUUGGCUGUGCAGAGGAGCAGAACAUAAAAUCAGGUUUUGUGAGGAGUUUAAACAGCUCAGUGUUUCGGAACGCUUCAAAGUCGCAGAACGAUUCGGUUUGUGCGUUCUAUGCUUGAACAACCACGGAAAAAACCGCUGCAACUUCAAGCUUCGCUGUAAUGUGAUGAAUUGUCAAGGCAAUCAUCAUCCGCUUCUCCACCGCGCAAGCAAUACAGUGCCGGUGGUAGAAGCUAAAUGCAAUACUCACUCUCGCUUGAGUCGUUCCGUUAUUUUCCGAAUGGUGCCCGUGACCAUACAUGCUGGAAGCACUAUGUUGGACGUCCUGGCGUUUCUGGAUGAAGGUUCGUCAGUGACUCUAAUCGAGGACGAUAUAGUCACCCAACUGAAAAUAAGCGGGGAGGCCGAACCACUGGUUGUAACUUGGACUGGAAACGUGAAACGCUACGAAAAUCAAUCGAAGAAGGUGAACUUAACGGUGUCCGCGAGAGAUGCGGCCGAAAAAUUGCCAUUGCUCAACGUGCGUACAGUAACGCAGCUUGAUUUGCCAAAGCAACGUAUAAAGUUCCAGGAAAUCGCUGAGCAUUAUCCUCAUCUGCGUGACAUACCAGUGAAGGAUUACACCCUGGAGGAGCCAAAAUUAAUGAUUGGACUGGAUAAUGUGCAUCUAUUUGCUCCCAUUGAAUCGAGGAUAGGGCAACCGGGUGACCCAAUUGGCGUGAAGUCGCUGCUAGGCUGGACGGUAUAUGGACCAGUGAAACAACAACCAUCAAUGCAAGAUGCGUAUAUGAAUCUGCACGAUGUAAUACCUGUUACGAAUCAGGAUUUACAUGAUAUCUUGCGAAACCAGUUUGUACUGGAGGAGGCGGGUAUUUCGGCUGUAGUACCAGAGUCGGUUGAAGACGAACGAGCUCGAGCUAUCUUGAAAGCAACAACGAUUCGAGUGGAUGGUCGUUUUGAAACAGGGCUGAUUUGGCGGGCGGAUCAACGACGAUUUCCGAACAGUUAUCCAAUGGCCGAAAGGCGAAUGAAGGCGCUAGAAAGAAAACUGGAGAGAGAUCCGGAACUACACCGCAGGGUAAACCAGCAAAUACAAGACUACGAGACAAAGGGCUACGCACACAAAAUUACCGCAAAGGAGCUCUCUGAAACGGAUCCAGCGAGUGUCUGGUAUCUCCCGCUAAAUGUUGUACUGAAUCCACGAAAACCGGGAAAAUUACGUUUGGUGUGGGAUGCGGCUGCGUCGGUAAAUGGAGUUUCACUGAAUUCCGAAUUGUUGAAAGGUCCUGAUAUGCUGACAUGUCUUCCUGGCGUAAUUCAACGUUUUCGAGAACGACGUUUCGGGUUCGGUGGUGAUAUCAAAGAAAUGUACCACCAGCUUCGAAUCCGGGUUAAGGACAAGCAAGCCCAACGGUUCCUAUACCGGUUUGAUUCAGCGCAGCCUGUGCAGACUUAUGUGAUGGAUGUGGCAACGUUUGGUUCGACCUGUUCACCCUGUUCUGCGCAGUUCGUGAAAAAUCUGAAUGCCGAAAAUUUUGAAAAACAAUAUCCGGACGCAGCAGCAGCAAUCAUCGAAAAACACUAUGUUGAUGACUAUUUCGACAGUGUGGAUACCGUCGAGGAGGCGAUUAAGCGAGCAAGCGAGGUAAGACUGAUCCACUUACAAGGGGGAUUUGAAAUUCGAAAUUGGGUUUCCAAUUCCAAAGAGUUUUUACAAGCAAUGGGCGAGCAAUGCUGUAACCACUCCAUACAUUUUCAUCAAGAUAAGGAAACAGAAAUGGAGAGAGUUUUGGGAAUUGUGUGGGACCCCAAUAGAGACGUUUUAUCCUUUUCUACAACACCGCGGGUGGAUUUUCAGUCAAUGCUCUUUGGUGCUGAGCGCCCAACGAAAAGGGCCGUUCUCAGUUGUGUCAUGGCCAUGUUCGACCCACUAGGUUUCCUAUCGCCGUUCACGAUAAUUGGAAGAAUACUGGUGCAGGACUUGUGGAGGACGGGUUGUGGAUGGGAUGAACUGAUUGAUGAUCUGUCGUUCGAAAAAUGGACCAAGUGGACUAAAAUGUUGCCAGAGAUCGCCAAAAUUCAAGUACCGAGAAGUUAUUUUGGAGAGGCACGAUCUGAUCAGUACGAGAAUCUUCAGUUGCAUGUCUUCACCGAUGCGAGUGAAAAUGCAUAUGGCUGCGUAGCAUACUUUCGGAUCGAAAUUGAUGGGGAGGUUUGCUGUGCGUUAGUAAUGAGUCGAAGCAAGGUGGCUCCACUCAAACAACUUACCAUCCCGCGGCUUGAACUGCAGGCUGCUGUGCUAGGUGCCCGAUUGGCGGAAUCUAUUCGGCGCAAUCAUAGCUUGAAAAUUAACCAACAGUUCAUCUGGACAGAUUCGCGGAAUGUCCUUUCUUGGAUCAAAUCCGACCAACGGCGAUACCGACAGUAUGUGGGCUUUCGCAUAGGUGAUAUCCUCAGUCACACUAGCGUAUCGGACUGGCGAUGGGUUCCGACGCUAAAUAAUGAAGCGGAUCGAGUAACGAAAUGGAAGCGCGGAGCGAGCUUACAUUCAAAUAGCUCUUGGUUUAAGGGAGCGGACAUUCUGUUCCGCAAGGAAAUGGAAUGGCCAGAGCAGCCCGUGAUACCGGCCAACAUCAACGAAGAACUGAAAGCGCAUUUGCUUGUCCAUGAUGUCACACUAUCGUGUGCACUUUUAGACAUAUCUCGUAUCUCAAAGUGGCGAAUUCUAGUGCGUACGAUGGCGUGUGUUUAUAGAUUCGUGUCCAACUGUCGGCGGAAAAUCGAAGGCCGUCCAAUUGAAACACUGAAGGCAACAAAGAGCCAGGCGAAGUACUUGAAGAAAGUAGAUUGGAUGAUGGAGCGUAAGCCUUUGAAGCAGGAAGAGUACGAGAAAGCGGAAUACUAUCUUUUUAAGGCUGCGCAGUCGGAAGUGUACGAGGACGAACUAAAAGUGUUGUUACACAAUCGGGAACAUCCGGUGGACAGAUGGUUAACUGUAGAGACGUCUAGUCCGUUAUAUAAACUAGCUCCUCUUGUAGACGAUAAAGGGAUGGUGCGUAUGGAAGGCAGGACGAAAAACGCAGAAUUUCUGCCCUUCGAUCUUCGUUUUCCGAUUAUUUUACCAAAGGAGCAUCCUCUGACAGCAAAGCUUGUGCAACACUAUCAUGAGAAAUUUGGUCACGGAUAUCGGGAAACUGUAAAGAAUGAACUAAAACAGCGAUUCUAUGUUCACGGUAUUGGAGGAGUCGUUCAAAAGGUGGCGAAGGCUUGUGUUUGGUGUCGAGUUAAUCGUAGUCGUCCACAUACUCCAAGGAUGGCGCCUUUGCCUAUCCAACGGCUAAUCCCAUAUCAACGUCCAUUCAGCUACGUCGGUGUAGACUAUUUAGGUCCAUUCGAAGUGGUGGUAGGUCGCCGUAAGGAAAAACGCUGGAUUGUGUUGUUUACUUGCCUGGUGAUACGGGCAAUCCAUUUGGAGGUGGCCUGCAGCCUCACCACGCAAGCAUGUUUGAUGGCUAUUCGAAGAUUUGUUUGUCGUCGAGGGCCGCCUUUGGAGUUCAUCUCCGAUAAUGGAACUAAUUUUAGAGGUGCGAGCAGAGAGCUUGAGGAGAUGGUCAGAAACAUUAGUGAGGAGUGUGCCAACGAAUUUACCAGCGCUCGUGUAAAGUGGAGUUUUAAUCCUCCAGCCGCUCCACACAUGGGGGGCGUUUGGGAGAGACUGGUUCGAUCGGUAAAAGAAGCGUUGGAGGUGAUGGAUGAUGGAAGGAAACUGACCGAUGAAAUCCUUCUUACAUCAAUGAACGAAGCGGAGGAUAUGAUUAAUUCGCGGCCGCUAACGUAUGUAUCGCUGGCAAAUGAUGCUGAGAUGUUAACACCAAACCAUUUUCUUCGGGGAGUGUCCCCGAAUGAACCUCAACUAACUCCUCCUCCUCCUCAUUCGGCAGAAGCGCUGCGGAAUGCUUAUCAGCGAUCGCAGCAGCUGGCAACACAGCUGUGGAAUCGCUGGAUUAAGGAAUAUCUGCCGACCCUUAAUCAACGAACGAAGUGGUUCAAUGAGACGAAACAAUUGGAAGUCGGAGAUCUUGUUUACGUCGUUGAAGGAGAUAAACGGAAGCAAUGGGUACGUGGAGUGGUCGAGGAACUUAUUGGGUCUAGCGACGGACGAAUACGGCAAGCUUGGAUUCGUACGAGAUCGGGAACGUAUAAACGGGCUACUGCUAAGUUGGCUGUACUGGAGAUAAGAGACAGUAACACUGAUCCGGAUGCGGUCAUCGAACCAGGAUUACGGGCCGGGGAAAUGUUGUGA